AGUUCUUUUUUUCUUUUCAAAGAUAUUAAUAUAAAAUACUACCUUAACAUCCCCUUAAGAAUUUGUUCCGAGCAAAAUACGAAUAAGCGUGCCUGGCUUUCUUUUAGGCAUGCUUUAUUUAAAUCCAGCUUCACUAAUGAGCUUUUGUCUUGACACAAUGGAAGUCGUUUGGAGAAGCGUCACACAUAGCUCAAGAUGGUUCCCGAGCCAGAUGACGGCCCUUUCUAACGCCUCAAUUAAUAACUUGGAAAUUAGCAGAAAGUGGCUAAUUAUUCUAUCCCGAUUUCAUUAAGUGGCUUUGCAAGUUCAACUGGUGUGGGUCAGUCAAAUUGGAUUUCGAUUCCUCAUUAUUAUGCAGUUACAGUGGGAUUUUAAAUUGGCUGUAUUAAUCUUCUGAGAAAAGUGUGUCUGACUUUCUUCUCUCUAUCUUAACAAGUCCUUUGACAAUAAUUUACUGCGCAAGUUUCAAUGACACUCAAGCCGGAAACCAAAGAGUAAUUAUUUAGGAGAAAUACUUAAAGAAUUAUGAAUAAACCUCUUGAGGAAAAGCGGCUGUUGGUUUGCGAUAUUAAGAUAGGACAUUAUGAAAAUAGCUUCAAUUGUGUGAAGAGAUUGCUGAAUUUUUGUAGGAUAUCGGGUUCAUAUCUGGCUUGAUACGGACAUCUGCGUAAGAAUAACGGCUGAGUGGAGGGCUGAAUGAACAAUCGGCUCAGUGUGUGGCGCGACUUCGCCUGUGACGUGCGCACCGCCGCGCUCGCUCCCCGGGGAACGCCGACUAACUUCACACGCGCUUGCAAAAGUUUUGGACAAACAACCCCCGAUAUGACGCACUAUGUAUAUGCGCUCGAAUAAAAGUUAUUAUAUUUUUUAAACUUUUUAUUGCUGAUUAUUUUAAAAUAAGUAUCCAUGGCUAAUAUAGGCCUCGCUUGAAGGCGGCGUCGGUAGGAGUGAUUGGAAAUAUGCAGCAGCCUUGGUGGUCCAUAUACUUACUGGCCAUUUUCAUGCUGGGACUCGACUCAAAACUUGUAGGUCAAGCAUUUCAACCUGAAUUCGCUGAGCCAUUAAUGAAUUUAACUAUACCAAUCGGGCGUGAUGCUACAUUCAGAUGUCUAGUGCAAAACUUAGGAGGAUACAGAGUUGGAUGGGUGAAAGCUGACACCAAAGCUAUCCAAGCAAUACACGUUCACGUAAUAACAAAUAAUCAUCGCGUCGGAGUAUCGCAUAACGGACAGACCGUCUGGAAUCUACACAUUAGAAACGUUCAGGAAGAGGACCGGGGCCAAUACAUGUGUCAAAUCAAUACAGACCCAAUGAAAAGCCAGAUGGGUUAUCUAGACGUGGUGAUUCCACCAGAUUUUAUAGCAGAAGAAACUUCUGGAGAUAUAAUGGUACCUGAAGGAGGUACAGCAAAGGUUUCUUGUCGGGCAAGAGGCAUGCCUGAACCUCGGGUCCUGUGGAGAAGAGAAGAUGGAGCUGAUAUCGUCAUAAGAGAUCCAAAUGGCGCUAAAACUAAGGUCGCGAUAUACGAGAAAGAAGUAUUGACACUAACGAAAAUAUCACGUUCGGAUAUGGGUGCAUAUCUGUGUAUCGCUAGCAACGGCGUACCGCCCUCAGUAAGCAAGAGGAUCACUAUCAAAGUACAUUUUCACCCGGUCAUCCAAGUGCCGAAUCAGUUGGUGGGGGCUCCACUAGGCACUGACGUCACGGUGGAGUGCUACGUCGAGUCUUCUCCCAAGUCCAUCAACUACUGGGUCAGAGAUUCAAAUGAGAUGGUGAUAUCUUCAAGUAAGUACGAGGUUCUGAACUCGGUGAUCAGUUCGUUCGAGAGCCGCAUGGCGUUGACGGUGCGUCGGCUGACAGCGGCCGACGUCGGCGGCUACCGAUGUGUCGCUAAGAACUCGCUUGGAGAAGUCGAUAGCGUGAUCAGGUUAUAUGAGAUCCCGGGUCCAACUAUAAAGAACACAAGUCCAGCUAACAAAAGAGAAGACUACAAAUAUUCAACGCCCAUAGAGGGGCCCGACAAUCAAUUCGGUUCAGCUGACAGCCCAGAUGACGAAGACGAACGAGAGACCACAUACACAACCGACAGACAUCCAAACGCAUACAAACACGAAAACGUUACUAAAAACAGAACAAUCAAUUAUUCACCCACCCCGGAACAAAAGCUCAGCAAUAAAGUUCGAAAAAUUAUUAACAAAUUCGAAAUAGAAGAGUUCGGCACCAACAGAUGUUGUGUACAAACCGUGUUUGCAAUAAACUGUAUUCUUUCGUUAGGAAUUAUUGUAGCACUAGAUUACACGUAGAGCAAUUUCGUUUUAGCUGUUGCAUAUUCACAUUGUUAACAAUACUUCGGUAUUCAUUCCAUUAUUGUAAGUUAAAUAAUCGAAUAAAAGAUUUUAGCGCCUUUAAACAUAAUUAAAUGGGAAGGGAAAUUGAUAUUGAUGAGAGAGUUCCGAACUUAUGGAUAUUAAUAUUUCAUUGACGCGCUACGGCACAUUACGUUAUUACUCGGUGUAAUCGAAUAUUUAUAAAAGCCGGUCCCUGUACCGCUGUGCAUGUAAUAUGAUAACAGAUUGUGAUGAUAAUGUAGUCGAUCGAAGUUCAAUUAAUUUUAUUUAUAAAGUAGCUUGUACACACGCCUUGGUUCCGAUAGUUUAUUUUUCCGGACUUGAAUAAACAGUACGACUGGCUGCAAGCUGACUUUUCAGCUUCAAAUGAUUUGUUAAUAUUAGUAUUGUAUUUAAAAUAACUAUUUAUGUUUUCACAUUACAUAAAUCUUAUACUUAAUCCGUUGGCUCAGCGACACAAAAUGUGUCUUGGCCUCUGAUACGAGAGAGUGCCACAUCACUCGAUCUUUGGCCACUUCUCGCUAGUCAUCGGCGUGAAGUGCCCGAAGGCAUAAUGCAUAAAUUUAAUCAUAAACUAUACGUACUUGUUAACGAUAAAAAACAUACAAGUAUUACGUGUUUGAAUAGUUCUCCAUUUGUAUCAGACAAGAUCGAAUAUUAGUUUGUGACUCCAAGUUACUGGGUCUCACCGUAAUCCGAAAUUUUGACCCGCAUAUCUAUUUUCCAACUGGUUGAGUAUGACUGUAUUCCUUCCUUGAUGUCAAGUUGGUUGCUCUUGAAUAAUACCUAUGCUGAACUUUGCAUUGACCGUAAUGUUUAAAUGAGGACUUGUUACGUCAAGUAUGCAAUACAAAAGAAGGAUGUGAUAGGUAUGAUGAGUCUUAAAAGUAAACACCAACUUGUUAAAACUGAGUCACGAAAAAACAAGCCGCCGACAUUUUUGUUUUGAAAAUAAAGUAAUCCUGUAUGCUAAUAAAAGGGUCUGUAACAAACCAGACAACGUGAUUUUUAUUGAUGUAAAUGCGGCUUUAAAUGUGAAUCCGUAACAGCCGUCUGAAUGAAUGUUCGUGACAAUACACUUUCCUGAAUAUUUAAAAUUAUCACGCCUUACCAUGUGUCGUGCGAUUACAACCAGCCAGUUUCAACAUUUGAAUUUUUUCGUUUGCUCUUUUAAUCUCUUGUUCUUUGUUUAAAUUUUUGAAUAAUUUACACUGUUCCAUUGCUC